GUUUCCUCAAAGUGGAGAUGAAAUCGUAAGUUAGUGGCGCUCAACCAUGGUUUGGGAUGGGUGUCGUGUGUCACUCUUGGCAAAGAGUUUGCCUUGUUUGCAUUGAUGCCUCGGGCAACCACAGUUUGCUCCCAAGAUCGACGAUUGCUAUAUACGGAAGUGUUACUGGAUAAACUAUAUCAUAGCAUAGCCUAUUGGCGUCGGUCAGAUCCAAUCAGGUGAUAUCACCUUCCUGGCACUCAUUUAGUCUGAAUUAAAUCUGAAAUCAAAUAUAUCGUUCCCAGCAAUAGCAAUUACUAAGACCGUCACAUGCGAGUCGCAACUCGGUCUACUAUGUACUGUGGUAGCUGCUGAAUGGCUGUAUCAGACGAGCGUAGACUCUAUUAUAUUUACAUUACCAUCUUUUAUAUUUGGUUCUUUGGGCUUUGGAUCCACUUGGUAUCAUUUUCUCAACCGUCUAUUUGGAUACAAGAUAUAUACGCAGAUACCUGGAUCUAAGAGACAUAACCUCUGGGGAACCACUCCUAUCAACAUUCUGAGUUUUUAUCAAGAUGCCAAUCACUGGGGUCUUCUUCAUCCCAUCAAACCCCAACGCCUCCACGGCGUUCGCUACAGUUACAGAGCGUCUUCAUUCAUCAUUAACCGAUGAACCCAUUCCUGUGGGCCGUUGGGCUCUAGAGCACAAGCUGAUGCGGGAUACCCCAUCCUGUCUACCUGCAUCAGCGUCUCAGCGUCCCGCACAACCGAGGUACAUGCAGUUCCUCUCUCUAACCUACUUUCCAAAUCAUGGGUUUAUCUACACGUCUCCGCCCCCAGAAAAGGUGCCCCACGCUCAUUCCGGCGGCGGGAGUCCUGGUGCAGUAGCUCCAGGGGCACCGAGUCCCGCCUCUCCAACCCCAAUUCCACAACAGACCGCGACACCUACACAGGCUACGGCACUGAACAGUCAGGAUCACUCGUCAAUGGUUAUGACGACUGUUCCAUUACCGGCUUGCAGUACACUCUUUCAACACUUUGUUUACGCUUGCCAACCGUUCUGGUGCCAUCGACACACCGUUACGGUUCCUGGCGGUGUCGUCUAUGAUGUUGGUGAUUUUCGGGUCCGAAUUGGUGAUGUACGACAGACGCAACCAGCUGCAAGAGUCAGGGGUACGGUUGUUGAGAUAGAAUGGAAGGGUCCGUCGUUAGUGACGUCCAUCGCGUCGCUGUUUAGCCUGUCCAAGAAGGCGUUCAGCGGCCCUAGAGAUAGCGGCUUACCAGAUGACGACGGUGAUUCUAGGAUCGACAUGGCGUUUCCUGAGGGUCUUGAGGAGGCAGAUAUUGAUGCUGAAUAUGCUGCGACUGCGACAUUAAUUCGAGAGUUCUGGGCGCGCUUGGAUAUUCAAGGGGCGCGGGAAGCAAUUCUUGUGCAGGAUAUCGGCAGGGAAUCCAAAGAGCAGUUGCGAAAGUUGAAGCAGUUAGGAGAUCAGAAAGCACGCCAACCAUCUACCAGUGUCAUGGGAAGCGGGCAGCAGGAUGAAGAUCCCGACCCGGACGCUGGAGUUGAUGUGGCGAGGCAAUUCAUGGAAAUUUUUAGAUUUAAUCGCUAAGGGUGCGGAACGUUACAUCACA